CACUUUGAUUGGGGUUUAAAGGGAGGGGGUGGGGGGAAUUCUCCAGCCUCCCUCCUCUCCCCCCCCUUCCUUCCCCCAAAUCCAUCCAGCAUUGGGUUAGAAUGUGUCCAGUUUCUGAUCAGUUUGAAAGGGGCUUGUGUGGGGGCUGGGGAGAAAUGAUGAGCCCUUGUCUUCCUGGGGCUGCAGCCGAGACCAGUGGAUGUUAGAUUUCCCACACUGGAGACAAGAUCUGGUCGCUGAAUACAGAGGGGACUUCCCGCUUUGGCUGUCCAUCCCCACUGAUAAAGGCAGAGAGGUUUCCUCAGACCCCCUUGAAAUCUGGCAAGCCCUUCCCCACACUCAAGAACCGAAAGAUUAAUGAGUCGCAAAGUAGAUAAAGAGAGGAUGCACUAGCCGGCAGCCAUGAAUGUCCAGCUGGGUUUGGAGAACACCGGGGACAUGUCCAGCCAGGAGCAGGAGCUGAUGCAUGGCCAAGGCAGAGCUUUACACUCCGCUCUCUCCAGACCGUCUCUGGUGGCCUCGGUGCUGGACGGCAGUGAGUAUCACCGAGCCGAGCACCACCUGGCCACCUCUUUGCACCCGGGGCUUGGCUUUGGGGGGGAUUCGCCCACCGGGGCCGCCAACAGCUACACCACCUUGACCCCUCUGCAGCCGCUGCACGAGAAAUUCCACCACCAGCACCAUCACCCCCAGUGCCUGCCGGUGGGCAACGUGAUUGGGAGCUUCACCCUGAUGAGGGAAGAAAGGGGCCUGGGUUCUGGCGCUAACUUUUACAGCCCUUACCACAAGGAUCUUGGCAUGGGGCAGAGUCUGUCGUCCCUGCCCAGCCCGAACCUGACCCCCAUGCAUAGCUACAGCCACCCUGCCGGACACCUGGGCAACGAGAAGAUGGUGGCGGCCAAUAGCUUCGAAGCCCACCCUGCCAUGUUUGGCAGGAUCGACCAGCACUUUUCCAGGGAGCUUUCCCCCUCCCAGAACUCCACCAUGGGAUCCCCCAACAGCAUGGGCCAGCACCACUAUGUCCAUGCCCGGCCGGACGUGACUUCCAGACCCAACCAGCCCAUCUCCACCCAAACCACCGUCCUCUCCAGCCAGCUGGAGGAGAUCAACACCAAAGAAGUGGCCCAGCGGAUCAUCGCUGAGCUCAAGAGAUACAGCAUCCCCCAGGCCAUCUUUGCCGAGAGGGUGCUGUGCCGGUCUCAAGGCACCUUGUCAGACCUUCUCAGGAACCCUAAGCCCUGGAGCAAGCUCAAGUCCGGGAGGGAGACUUUCAAAAGGAUGUGGCGCUGGCUGCAGGAGCCCGAGUUUCAGAGAAUGGCAGCUUUAAGGUUAGAAGCCUGCAAAAGGAAAGAGCAAGAGCAAGGCAAAGCCGACAGAAACCACGUCCCUAAGCGGCACCGGCUGGUCUUCACGGACAUCCAGCGCCGCACGCUUCAUGCCAUCUUCCAUGAGAACCAGCGGCCUUCCAAGGACCUGCAGGUCACCAUCGCCCAGCAGCUGGGCCUGGAGCUCUCCACCGUCAGUAACUUCUUCAUGAAUGCACGGCGCCGCAGCCUGGACAAGUGGAUGGAAGAGGGGCGCCCCCCAUCCUCGGGCACCCACGCCUCUUCUGCCAUCACUUGCACCAAAGCAUGAGGGGAAGCCAGGGUGCUGGACAGGGAGCACCACGCCAGGCUGGUGUCAAUUGGGUGGGGUUUGAUAGGGUGGGUUGUUUUUAAUUUCUCCUCUUCGGUGGUUUCUUUCCCCUUCCCCUGCCCGAGUUUUUUUUCAGCUGUUUCAACAGAACCCACAUGGCCCAGAUCCUCAGCUAACAUAAAUCAGCUCCUUUGCAUUGAGUGGGGGCUUGCUGAUUUACCCCAGCUGGGGAUCGGAGCUUAAAUAAUCACAGGCAAGAUCCUCAGCUGGGAUAAAUGGGGCCACGCUGAUUGGCACCGGCUGGGAAGCUGGGCCCCCCCUCUCCGGUUCCAAUAACACUGCCUGGGAGGCAGGGGAAGCCCAUGGCUGAAGAUUUGGGUGCCUGGGGGAGGUCGUGGCUCUUUAAAGAGCAUUUGUUUCCUCUUGACGAUUGACCCCAUGGUUGUUUCCUUUUUCUGGAAAGCGGCGCUGCCAGAGGUGAGAAGCAGAGCCAGGAGUCCUGGGUCCUAUUUGUGUCCCUGAGAGGGGUGGGGUAGUGGGGAGAGUUAUCUGGGAGCCAGGACUCCUGGAUUUGGUUCUUGGCUCUGAGAGGGGAGUGAUGUCUAAUGGUUAGAACGAUAGCCUAGAAGCCAGGACUCCUGGGUUCUGUCCUUGGCUCUGGGAGGGAAAAUGCAAUCUAAUGGAUAGAGCAGUUGACUGGGCGCCAGGACUCCUGGGUUCUACAUGUGGCUCUGACAAGGUUUCUAGAAAUAUCACCAGAAGCUGAUAAAUCAGGAGCCCUGGGUUUUGUUCCUGACUCUGCCACUGACUUGGUGUGUGACCUUGGGGCACAUCGCCGCCCUGUCCCGUGCCUCAGUUUCCCCACCUGUCGGAGUCCUUACAAUUGCCCUACCUCUCUGGGGUGCCAGAACGCUGAAUGAGCCAGUGUCUGUCAAGUGUUGUGAGAGGAAAGGUGCUCUGGAGAUCCCUCUCCGGGAUAUGAUGAUUGGUUUGGGUGGAGGUUUGAGGGGCAGAAGUCCCAAGGCGAAUGGGACAUUUCCCCAGCCUGGCUCCCCCUUUCUUGCUGACUGGCAGUAAAGUCAAUCCAUCAAAAUUAUCUCUGGCAACUUAAUUAAGGGUUUAUCUACAGGUGAGGUACUCCAGGAUAUCUAUUCUGCUUUAAAUUCAUGCUCUACCUUAAUCUGGAUUAAUUUUCCUGUGUAGACAAACCUGCCUCCUCUUCUGGCCUAAGUGUCCAGACUGUGGGCCUGUUUCUGUGUGAGCUUGAUUCCCCCAUGCCCAGCACCUUGUACUGCUGUUUGCACAGGUGCAAAGUGCAUUCAAUGCACUACUAUGCUCAAAGAGGGCAGCCUUGUCCACCCGCUCGGCACUGCCGUUUAUGGCUGCGCAAGGUGCUGUACAAAUGAAGCCUUGAACCCAGUGCGUGGUGGCAAAGAGCCGCAGCUUCUCUUAACACCAGUGGGAGGUGGGGAUCCUUGGUGCCGCUCAGACUCAGGCGCCGGGGGGCAGGGGGGCUUUGGAUUGCAAAUCACGCCUCGUGGUGCGGCUCCCCGAGUGGCUUCUCCCCAGUGCAUAUGUGGAGGUUUUCCCAGGGAGCUUUUGGCAUAUCCAUUUAAACAGCAAAUCCCUGGGAAUACGAGUGGUCCCUUCUGCAGGGGGGAUGGCUGGCAGCCAAGUGCUCUGCACCCAGCUCCCCUGUGGUCCUGCCCCAUGUGAACAGCCCAACAGCAUCAGCUGACGGCUUGCUAAGAUCUGUGACCUAAAGCCCAGAUCCUCAGAGGCAUAUAGGCACCCAACUCCCAUUGGUUUCCUGUGGGGAGUUAGGCACCUAAAUGCCUUUGAGGAUCUGAGUCUUGGCGCUUUGAAAUCCCGAGUCCUGAUUCUGUCGCCUCGGUGCCAUCACUUCCACUCGCGCAAAGUGAGUGUGAAACACUCCCGUGCUGAUGAGCUCGUGGUGCAUGACUGGACAGAACAGUGAGGGGGGGUCUCACGCUCGCU